GAUUAAGUGCCAGACAUCAUCCCCAAACAUGCAUCCGACUAGUUUAACUUAACAAAUAUUGUUAUCUUUGCGUUAUGGAAUAUUAAAUCAAAGUAGCACUUUCUUAAUUCCAAAGUGACUUAUAAAUGCAUCCAACAUUACUGCUACUAGAAUAUUAUAUAUUUCUAAACUGUAUGAUUAUUAGAAGAAAUUAUCGUUUUUCAAGCAUAUUAGUCUUGUUUCUUCAAAAUUUACUGGAAGACAAUUAGAAAUGGAAAAAAUUAAUUGGUGAAAUUUGUUAAGAAACUUUUUGAGGACAUUGCAGCUGUUGAUCAAUAUGUUUAAGAAAGGAAUUAAUUUUAGAGUUUGUUUAGCUGUUUUCGGGGGAUUUUUGGUUCAUUUGGCUCUCGGAUCAUUCUUUACGUUCGGUAAUUUUGCACCCUAUUUUAUAUCCUAUAUACGUAACCGGACUGAAGAUACAACUAUCAGAAAUAUUGACGGGCUUUGGAUGACUUCCGUUGGUUCACUAGGGAACUGUAUCGGGUUUCCGAUUGGUGGUCUGCUAACCAAUAGACUCGGUCCUCGUUUCGCAACAUCACUAGGUGGAUUUAUUUUCAGUGCGUCAAUGAUGGCCUGUUAUUUUUGUGUACAGCAAUCAUUUGUUGCCAUGGUUUUAGUGUUUGGUGUCACGAGCAACAUAGGAAAUUUUAUGGCGUAUGGACCACCUAUACAAAACGCCAUCAGGUGGCUACCACGUAAUCCCGCACUGUCUGCAGGUCUGAUAGUAGCAGGUUUUGGAGGAGGAGCUAUAAUAUUUAACCAAGUUAUCACCGCCUACAUCAAUCCGGACAAUCUUUCCCCGGAUCUCAUAACCGAUGAGGGAGAAAGAUAUUUUACUGAUGCAGAAUUACUUGACAGAGUACCGACUAUGUUUCUCAUUCUAGGCGGGUCUUAUCUCGCAAUGAUUAUUCUGGGCGUGGCUUGUUUAGUACAACCUCCAGUCAAAACCAACGAGGUGAACAUUCUACAAGAUGAAGAUUUGCAGACAACAAAAAACAAUGGAAGUAUAAGCAGUAACAAUGGAAACAUUCUAACCGUCAGUGAAAAAGUUUUCAAUGGAACUACUCAACAUGUCAGUGAAAAGCCGGGGAAACCGGAAUCAUCACAAUUUCAGGUGGAGCUGAACAUGAAAGAGGCAAUAAAACUAGCAUUUAAGACGAGGAGUUUUUACUUAGUUUGGCUUAUUGUUCUUACAGUGUGUUGUGGGAUGCAAUUUGUAUUCACCUUGUAUAAGGCAUAUGGCCAAACAUUUAUUGAAAAUGACCACUUUCUGUCAAUGGUGGGAUCGGUGUCUUCGAUUUUCAACUGUUUAGGACGCCCAUUCUGGGGUGCGUUCAUGGACAAAUUUGGAUAUAAGGCAACAAUCCGAUGUUUAUCAGUAGGUCUUGCGGUGUUCGCUGGAACACUUCAGCUGACCGAGCUCGUUCCGAAGGAACUAUUCGCCGUGUGGAUCUGUGCCUUAUUUUUCUUUUUCUGCGGGAUGUGGGCCGUUACACCUUCGGUUCUAGCUAAAUUAUAUGGACCGAAAAACAUGGCUCUAAAUUAUGGUUUCAUAGUGUCAGCAGCGGGUGUUGGCAAUUUAACAGCAGGAAUUACGGGCAUGGCUUUGAAAUCCCGAAUAGGUUGGCAUGGUCUACAAUUUAUAUCGUCUGGUUUAUCAGUUAUACCAUUCUUCAUCUCCUUUCUUUUCAAUGGACGAGACAGACAAGGAAAGAAGAUUUAAUGUUGGUGUGUGUUUUUCCCCAUAGUAUAACAGUAAACGGAACACAAAUUGAACUGUGAAACAUAACAGACGUGUUCAAAUAUGUGAAACAUAUCAGAAUUAGUUCAACGUAAAGCUAGGUAUAAAUAUGUUGUUAAGAAAAAACGUCGUUCUUUUAAAUGGCAACAAACUAAAAAUUUUGAAAAUUUAAAAAAGAGUAAACCACGUGAUUUUUGGCGCUAUUUUAAAAAGAAACAGGGACGUAAUAAUUGUGAAAUACCUUUGCACGAUUUUAAAACAUAUUUUGAAACUAUGUUCUCUGAAGUAAAUUUUUCCUUGAAUGAAAGAGCUGAAGAUUUUAACAAUGUCCAUGAUUUUCAUGAUUUUAACCCUGUUUUUUUCUAUAUUAGAUGAAAAUAUUACUUUACAGGAAGUACUUAAGCUUAAAAGAAAUA